CUCUCCCCACUCUCCCCGAUUCCCAGCCGCCACCAUCCCCGCCGCCGCACGCCUCCCCCUAAUCCCAACGGCCAGCGAGCAUCCCCCUAAUCCCAACGGCCGGCGAGCCUCCCGCUUCCUCCCUCGGCCAGCGCGCCUCCCCACGGUCGGGUCCAGACCGGCUCCAAUGCGCCGCUGCCGCCAUCUUCCCCUGCGUGCUGUUGCCAGGCGUUGGAUCCCGAGCGCCGCCGGCGGGCCCUGGAUCCCACGCGCCGCCUCCUGUCCAUGGAUCCCGCGCACUGCCGUCGCCUCCCAAGGCCACAACGCGCCACCUGGCGGCCCCCGCUGGAGACCCCCUGCCUCCUUCCUCCCAGCGUCGGCCGGGUGGUGCAUCACCUGAGCGCCGUCGAGCACAGCCGGAGAUCCCCCCUGCCUCCUUCCUCCCUGGACUCACGUCCACAGCCACUCCACCGCCCCCAGCACGGGCGCGCGGGAUCCAGCGGCGGCGAGCCUCUGAUGGGAGGUUUCAGGUGCAAAAAAGUUGGAUGUGGUAAUAUGUUGGUUCAGUUUCACAGGUACUUCAAAUAUUGGGAAAAGAGAGUUUCCUUCUCCAAAAUGCGUCAAAGUCGUGAAGUGCUAAUUCUUCUUGUGUGCUUCUAUAGAGCCUUGUGUUUCAGUCACCACCAUCAACGAACCAGCUCGUCCUAUUUUGCGGAUGCAAGGCACACGAUAGUUUUUAGCCGGAAUGCAUUUCAGAGUUGCUAGCAGUAGUAGAUCUUGGGAUUUGGUCACACAAGGAAGAAGAUGAAAAGAAAAAUGGUGAGUUGGAGAUUGCAUGUUCAUUGCUCAGAAGGAUAAAAUCCUUUUGGUUUUAGCUAGAGAAAAACUAGUGGGGUAAAAAAAAAAGCAGCUAAAUGGUUUGCUUCACAGACUAAAUUCUUCAUUGUUACUUUAUGUAUGAGCAUCAAACUUGAUUUAAAUGUGAGGUGGUUCGCCGACAGUAAUUUGGUCAGUUCAAUAAUAUAUGUACAA